GUGAGUAUAGUGGAAGUGUAUUUGACUGGGAGUCAGUCUCUAUCCUUAGUGAAUUUAUAGUCUAAUAAUGGCCUAAGACCCAAAUGCCGCACACACACCGAUUUUAAGGUGGAAUAGGCCCUUGCAUUUCACUGGCAUAGGGAGUUUCUGCUGGAGAACUCACUGUACCAAUGCAUUCAUAUUCUUCCACACUUGUUUGGGAUCGUGGAGAGUUUAACUGACUUGUUCAGGUCACGAACCAGAAUGUCUCAGAGGGAGGAUCCCGGGAACUGCGGACUCUAAGGUCAUUUCUCUAUCCCACGUGCAGCUCUUGCCCGCUGAGUCCCGAAGAAAGGACUUUGUGUUCUGAAGCUGGGGAAGUUAAAAGUUAGAAUGAUUCUGGUUCCAACAAAACCCUCCUGAAACACUAAGGUCCUCAUUCCUCUGACAGGCCGCAGGAGCGGUUUUCAUGGAAAACCGCACGGAGACGGUCUGGUUCUUCUUCCGCCCGUUCUCGCCUCACUUCCAGGUGCAGAUGCUGAUUUUUGCGGCUUUCUUGGCUAUGUACCUCAUCAGCCUGGGCGGGAACGCCACCAUUGGCCUCGUGGUGCAGGCCCACCCCUCGCUCCACACUCCCAUGUAUUUCUUUCUGGCCAAUCUGGCGGUUCUGGAGAUUUUCUACACGUCGGCCAUCGCGCCCUUGGCCUUGGCCAACCUCCUGUCCAUGGGGAAGACUGCGAUCUCCCUCCCCGGCUGCGGCGCCCAGAUGUUCUUCUUUGUCUUCCUGGGGGGCGCCGACUGCGUGCUCUUGGCCGUCAUGGCCUACGACAGGCUGGUGGCCAUCUGCUACCCGCUGAGGUACACGCUCCUCAUGAGCUGGCGCCGGUGCCGCCAGCUGGCGGCGGGCUCCCUGGCGCUGGGCUUCCUGCUGUCGCUGCCCCUGACCCUGCUGAUUUUCCGGCUCCCGUUCUGCGGCCGGAACGAGAUCUACCACUUCUACUGUGACAUGCCCGCGGUCAUGCGCCUGGCCUGCACGGACACCCACACGCACGAGACCGCUCUGUACGUCAUCAGCUUCAUCGUGCUGAUGCUCCCCCUCGCGCUCAUCUCCACCUCCUACGUCUACAUCGUGGCCGCCAUCUUGCGCAUGCGGUCCGCCGAGGGCCGCCGCCGAGCCUUCUCCACCUGCUCCUCGCACAUCUCCGUGGUCCUGCUGCAGUACGGCUGCACCAGCUUCAUUUAUCUGUCUCCCAGCUCCAGGUACUCCCCUGAAAUGGGCCGAGUCGUGUCAGUGGUUUACACCUUCAUCACGCCCAUCUUAAACCCGCUGAUCUACAGCAUGAGGAACAAAGAACUCAAAGAUGCCCUUCAGAGGACGCUGGGAAAGUUAUCGUGGGCACGGUGCAAAUGA